AUGGCGUGGACGCUGAUCCUGGCUCUCUGCAACGGGGUGCUGGCCCCCACGAGCGCGCUGGACGCCAUGGGCCCCCACGCAGCAGUCCGCCUGUCGGAACUUCUGACCCCCGAGGAGUGCAGCCUCUUUCGAACACUCCUCGAGGUGCCCGAGCCCGACGUGGACAAGGAGCUGGACCGGCUAUCUGAGGACAAGCUGGUGAAGCCGGAGGAAUCCAUACUCUCGCUCGGGGCGCAGGAAUCGGUAGGACAACGGCGGCGGGCCGCCGUGGAGCUGGCCCGGCUAUCUGAGGACCGGCUGGCGACGCCCGAGCCACCCACACCCUCGUUCAGGGCGCAGGACUCAGUGGGACAACGGCGGCGGGCCGCAGCCCCGCAGCUUUCGGAGGGGAGGAAGGGCGCGUCCGAGUCCGCGGAGGUUUCCGACGGCUGCCGAGAGGCGCUGGCGACCUGGUUGGCCGCCCAAGCCCCGACCCUGCCGUGGGACCGCGUGGCCCGAGCCCUACGGCGCUGCGGCCGCCCCGAUGUGGCGCGGGAGCUGGCCAAGAACCUCCACCAGCAGGCCACGUUGCGGCUGCGGAGGACCGGCGCAAGCUACCUGCAGCAACUCAGGGCUCCAGCCCCGGUGCCGGUCCCGGUGCCGGUCCCCGCCCCUGACCCCGCCCCUGGCCCCGCCCCCAACCCCGGCGUCGGUCCCGCCGCGGUCCCUGCCCCAGCUCCGCGCGCCCGCCGCGCCGCCGUCCCCGAACCGGCCUGGGACCAGCUGGAGCUGAUCGUGGAGCGCCUGCCGCAGCCCCCGUACACGCGCAGCCCCUCGGCCUGGGCCGAGCCGCUGGCGCUCGGCCUCCUCGCCGGCUUCCUGGGCGCGCUGUGCACCGGGGCGCUCAUCACUGUGCUCACGCUGUGGAUCACCGGCGACGACCGCGACGGCGACCCCGCGUGGCCUCGUGCCCGCGGCCCGGCCGCCUCCUUCCGGCCCAGGCCGGCUCGGACGCCCUGCAGCUGGGAAACUCAGCCGCUCCUGCCUCGGUCCUGGGCGCCGCAGCCGCCCUCGCCCCUCUGCCCGUCGCUGUGA